AUGAUGAUACUCAUAGCCAAGAUUAUGAUAUAUACUCAUAGCCACGAUGAUGAUACUCAUAGCCACGAUGAUGAUACUUAUAGCCACGAUGAUGAUACUCAUAGCCACGAUGAUGAUACUCAUAGCCACGAUGAUGAUACUCAUAGCCACGAUGCUGAUACUCAUAGCCACGAUGAUGAUACUCAUAGCCACGAUGAUGAUACUCAUAGACACAAUGAUGAUACUCAUAGCCACGAUGAUGAUACUCAUAGCCACGAUGAUGAUACUCAUAGCCAUGGUGAUGAUACUCAUAGCCAUGGUGAUGAUACUCAUAGCCAAGAUUAUGAUAUAUACUCAUAG